AUGAACUUGGAAAUCGCUGUAACUGAUGAAAUGGUUGCAUUUGCAAAAGAGAUUCAACCACAUCAUGUGUGUUUCGUGCCAGAGAAACGUCAAGAAAUCACCACAGAAGGUGGUUUAGACGUGCUUGGGCAUUUUGAAGAUGUUAAAGCUGCGACUCAGGCAUUAACUGCAAUUGGUUGUGAUGUAUCUUUGUUUAUUGAUGCUGAUUUUGCACAAAUUGAUGCUGCAAUUGCUUGUGGUGCACCCACUAUUGAAUUACAUACGGGUGCUUAUGCAGACGCUAAAACUGCUGAAGCUCAACAGAUUGAACUCGAAAGAAUUAUUAAAGGUACUGAGUACGCCGCAUCUAAAGGUUUGGUCGUUAAUGCUGGUCAUGGUUUGAAUUUGGACAAUGUGGCUGCAAUUGCUGCAAUUCCUCAGAUUCAUGAACUCAAUAUUGGACAUUCGAUUAUUGCCGAAAGUGUAUUUGUUGGAUUGGAACAAGCUGUAAAGGACAUGAAGGCCGCACUUCAUGCAGCUGGCUGUGAAACGCCAAAGGCAUGGUUGGAUGAGGCAUUGAACAAUCUCCCAUUGCUCAUGCAGGAUCAUGCGAAUUGUGAAAAGAAAGCGGCUGGAACAGCAAUGAACUUGAUGUUUCGCUACAGUUUUUUUACCGAUUUGCAGAUCAAAUUAGCACAACUUGUGCGUGAAGAAAUGUUGCAUUAUGAACAAGUGUUAGAGUUUAUGACCAAGCGUGGUCAAGAAUGGAAAGGUCUGAGUGCAGGUCGUUACGCAGGUGAUGAUGAGCUGGGACGUUAUUACCGUUACUUGUUGAAAUCUGAAUCUCGCCACUAUGAGGACUAUUUAACUUUGGCUUUAGAUGUUGCUAAAACUGCUAAAUUAAAAGAUCCAGAAGAAGAUAUUCAGCAACGCAUCGAAUUGAUUCGUGAAGUGGAGAAGGAUUUGAUUUUAACGCCUGAUAAGACUUUUCGUUUCCAUAGCGAUGGAACUGUUGCUUUAAGCAGUUUCGAUACCUGUCCAGCCUGCAUCUGGAUAACGCUCACCCUGUAUCUGGUUAGGUGCAAAAAGCUGAUCAAGUUGUAG